AUGAUUGGAUUCAACGCUUGCUCGCCCAUCAAACCAGAAUCACACAAUUCUUUGCUGGAACUACCGAGCGUAUGGGCCAAAUAUCGCAAGGGAAAGGAGCUUGGCAGAGGAGUCUAUGGAGUGGUGUUCAAGGCAACGCACAUUGAAUCUGGAGAGUUGGUUGCAGUCAAACGGACUCCUAUGGACGAGGAAGGCAUUGGUGCAACAACCCUACGAGAGGCAUGUAUUCUCAAUAGAAACAAUAUUAGGGAUUAUGAAUUGCAUCGUAGAUUUCAACCUCAUAGCUUCAAUCGUCGAAUGAAUGCGGAAAACAUUGUCCAGUUGAGUUGUUUGCUAGAUCUCCGCUUACUAAUAAAGUCUUGGUUUGUGUAG